AUGCUAGACUCCAACAAUGUUCUCAUCGCCCUCGGUGCUGCUUGCGGUAUUGGAUUUGUAACCCAGUUGUCGCUCCGUCUAACCUCGACAAGGAUAUCUCUGCCAACAAGCCCAAAAUGGUAUCCGCUGAUAGGUCAUCUGCUCUCAAUGCCACAGAGUAACGAACACAUCGGAUUUAUUGAAUUAGGGAAGCAGCUCAACACGGACAUAUUCUCCCUUACGGUUCUCGGAAAAACUAUAGUCGUACUUAACUCCAGAGACCACGCAAUCAACCUCCUGCACAAUAGAUCGUCGAUUUACUCCGACCGCUCAUGCCCCCCUAUGGUAACCGAACCAACAUUGGUCAACUUCUCGGAGCUCAUAAGUCUUUUGGGCUAUAACGAGCGCUGGAAGAAGAGCCGCCGCUUGAUGCACCCACAGCUGAAUAAGCAGGCUAGCAAAUCCUUCCAUGAGUCUCAAGAACGCGAAGCGCGGCUAUUACUACAGCGAUUGAUGUCAAUUACCGAACAGGUAGAUUCGUCUGAAGAGUUGUACCAAGAGUUCUUUAGGACCUUGGCUAAUACACUAAUGUAUACCAUUUAUGGUUAUCAUCUUCACGAUCUCAAUGACCCAAUACUCAAAGAAGUCCUUCAACUGGUGGAAAACCUGUCAAGAGCAGCCAUGCCUACAAAUUUCUUGGUUAAUGUAUUUCCCAGUCUUCGCUACGUUCCGGAAUGGCUCCCAGGUGCUGGCUGGAAAAAGACGGCAAGGGAGUGGCGGAUACAGUACGAAACUACAGUUAAAGGUUUAUUUGAUUGGACCAAGGCUCGGGUUGAUUCGGGCGCCGAUGAAGCGUCUAUGAUUGUAUCGUUUCUAGCUGAAGGAGCAAAACUUGGUUUGUCUGGUGAAGAGCUUGACGAUUAUGUGAGUAAAAUUGCAAUGACAUUAUUCCUUGGCGGGGCAGAAACGACGGCAAACACCUUCCUUGGCUUUGUUAUGGCAAUGAUGCUGUACCCAGAUGUACAACGGAGGGCACAAGAAGAGAUCGGCACUAUAAUCGGUACUUCACGGCUUCCGGAGUUAGAAGACCGACCGCUGCUCCCGUACACCAACCGUCUCAUUCAAGAAGUUCUAAGGUGGUGCCCGGCGGUACCCAUUGGCGUCCCGCACGCGACCACCAACGAAGACAUCUACCAAGGGUUUCGAAUUCCGAAGGGCGCAAUGGUUAUAGGAAACAUAUGGGCAAUGAGUCGAGAUGAAAAGAUCUACAAGAGCCCAGAAGAGUUCAACCCAGAUCGAUUUUUAGAUCCCUUGGUUCCGCCGUGCCCUGUGUUCGGAUUCGGCCGUAGGGAGUGUCCGGGAGUUCACUUUGCUGACUCUUCGCUGUUUAUUGUAAUUGCAUCCAUACUAUCUGCGUUCAACAUCUGUGUACCCAAGAACGCCGACGGAGAAGAUGUUGUUCCUAAGCUUGAAAGCGAAAAUACCAUUGUUUUCCACCCCAAUGAGUUCCGAGUGAAAGUGGAGUUACGUGCAGCACGCUCGUUUGAUUCUCACGGGGGCAUGAAUCCAGUGAUAUAA